AUGGACUCAAAUACAAAAUCUAAAUUACAUGGUUAUUAAUUUUACAAAAGUAUCGGAGAACCGCAAUACAUAUGUGCCCCAAUGGUUGACCAAUCAGAAUUAGCCUUCCGAAUGUUAUGCCGUAAAUACGGUACAACCCUCGCAUACACCCCAAUGAUAUCAAGUAAAGUCGUUUAUGAUCAAGGAGAGAAAUCUCUUAAGAAUUUUUUCUCUACAUGUCCUGAAGAUCGACCUUUAAUAGCCCAAUUUUGCGGAAAUGAUCCGGAAGUUUUACUUGAAGCAUGCAAAUACAUUCAAAAAGACUGUGAUGCAGUUGAUAUAAACUUCGGUUGUCCCCAAGGGAUUGCCAAAAAAGGUCAUUACGGUUCCUUUUUAUUAUAAGAACCUGACUUAAUAGAAUCAAUGGUAAAAAAACUACACGAAGAACUAGAUAUACCAGUUACAUGUAAAAUAAGAAUAAUUCGAAGUAGAGAAAAGACACUCGAAUUAGCCAAAAGAAUAGAAAAUGCAGGUUGUUCAAUUUUAACAGUACAUGGAAGAACAAAAGAAUAAAACAAAGACUUAGUAGGAAUGUGUGAUUGGGAUAUUAUUAAGGAAAUAAAAGAUACAUUAACAAUUCCAGUAUUUGCAAACGGAGGAAUUUAUACUUUCUAAGACGUUUAAAGAUGCAUGGAAUACACUGGAGUUGAUGGAGUUAUGAGUGCGGAGGCUUUAUUGGAAAAUCCAGCCUUAUUUAGUGGGAAGAUUUAUGAUUUUGAUGAUUUGGCAGUAGAAUAUUUAGAUUUUGCGGAAAAAUAUGAUGCACCUUUUUAUUUUGUGAAAUCACAUUUAUUUAAAAUACUACAUAAAGGUUUAGCUUAAAAUAUUGAUUUAAGAAGUUAAUUAGGGAUUAUUAAAACGAAUGAGGAAUUUAAGGAAAUAUGUAAAAAAUUGAAAGAGAGAAGAAAAGAAGAAACUCCAGAAAAUAAAUUAGGAUGGUAUGUCAGAUUUUGGGAUAAGUUUCUAUAAAAUGAAAUAAAUAACGAAAACAUUUAAUAUUGA